AUGGGGCAGAUCGAGUGGGCCAUGUGGGCCAACGAGCAGGCGCUGGCGUCGGGCCUGAUCCUCAUCACGGGAGGCAUUGUGGCCACCGCCGGCCAGUUCACCCAGUGGUACUUUGGGGCAUAUUCCAUUGCAGCAGGGGUGCUGGUGUGCCUGCUGGAGUACCCCCGCGGGAAGAGGAGGAAGGGUUCCACCAUGGAGCGCUGUGGACAGAAGUAUAUGACGUCGGUGGUGAAGCUGUUCGGACCCCUCACCAGGAAUUACUACAUCCGGGCCUUCCUGCACCUUGCGCUGUCCGUGCCUGCAGGCUUCCUGCUCGCCACCAUCCUGGGGACUGCCUGUUUGGCCAUUGCGAGUGGCAUCUACCUGCUGGCGGCCAUCCGCGGCGAGCAGUGGACCCCCGUGGAGCACAAGCCCAAGGAGCUGCCACAGGUGGGCGGCACCAUCAAGCAGCCGCCCCGCAACCCCCCGCCACGCCCCCCGGCCGAGGCCCGCAAGAAGCCGAGCGAGGGGCCAGAGGACGCGGCCGCCGACGGCUCUGCUGACGGCGCCCAGACCAACCCCCUCCCAGUGACCGACGAGGUCGUGUAG